AUGGACAGGGCCAAUGAGAUCUCCCCACUGGGGUUCUUACUCUUGGGCCUCUCAGCCCACCCAGCACUGGAGAAGGCAUUCUUCGUGCUCAUCCUGCUGAUGUACCUGGUAAUCCUGCUGGGCAAUGGGGUCCUCAUCCUGGUCACUGUCCUUGACCCCCACCUGCAAACGCCCAUGUACUUCUUCCUGGCCAACCUCUCCUUCCUGGACAUCUGCUACACCACCUCUUCCGUCCCCCUCAUUCUUGACAGCUUCCUGAACCCCAGAAAAAUCAUCUCCUUCUCUGUCUGCUUCGGGCAGAUGUUCCUGUCCUUUGCCAUGGGGGCCACCAAGUGUGUGCUCCUGGGCAUGAUGGCCUUUGAUCGCUAUGUGGCCAUCGGCAGCCCUCUCAGGUACCCUGUGGUCAUGAGUAAGGCUGCUUACGUGCCCAUGGCCGUCAGCUCCUGGGCAGCUGGCAUCACCAAUUCUGUAGUGCAGACAUUCCUUGCAAUGCGGCUGCCCUUCUGUGGGGACAAUGUCAUCAACCACUUCACCUGUGAGAUCCUGGCUGUCCUAAAGCUGGCCUGCACUGACAUCUCCAUCAAUGUGAUCAGCAUGGCGGUGGCCAACAUGGUCUUCCUGGGGGUCCCUGUCCUGUUUAUCUUUGUCUCCUACGUGCUCAUCCUCACCAACAUCCUGAGGAUCCCAUCAGCUGAGGGCAGGAAGAAGGCCUUCUCCACCUGCUCUGCUCACCUCACUGUGGUGAUCAUCUUCUACAGGACCAUCCUCUUCAGGUAUGGGAAGCCCAAAUCCAAGGACCCCCUGGGGGCAGACAAGCAGGACCUGGCAGACAAGCUCAUCUCCCUCUUCUGUGGGGUGGUGACCCCCAUGCUCAACCCUAUCAUCUACAGCCUGAGGAACAAGGACAUGAAGGCUGCUGGGAGGAGCCUGGUGAGUCAGAAACACCUAUCCAAGUGA